UUCAAUUAUUAUUGGCGGACUUCCGGUUGUUUGUUUUCACCAUCUGCAUCGCAUGUGAUACUAGCUGAAAUGGGAAGAAGAAAGAAGGCAAACAAACCUCCCCCAAAGAGGAAGAUACUACAGCCCCUGGACACCAUGUUUAACUGCCCCUUCUGUAACCAUGAAAAGUCAUGUGAAGUCAAAAUGGAUAGAGAGAGAAACACAGGGUUCAUUACCUGUACAGUUUGUCUGGAGGACUAUCAAACCAGCAUUAACUAUUUAUCUGAGCCUAUUGAUGUGUACAGUGAUUGGAUAGAUGCUUGUGAAUCAGCCAAUACUUAGCCAGGACACAUACAGCAAAGGAAGUCAACUCCUGAUCAUGUGACAGUUAUAUACAAAAGGCUGCAAUGUCUAGUGUACAUGUAUAUAAAGAUCAUUGUCACUCUGUUUAAUUGCAGAAAAGAACAGAAAAUUAAACAUUUCAGUAAAUGUUGUGGUUAACGGAUGUUUUGAAAUGUCAGUUUCUUUAACUUAUUAUAUUUUGAUGACCAACUACAAUUUUAUUUCUCUGAGUCAUGAGAAUGUGUAUCAUUAAAUGGUCAUUUUAAUUUAUGGCAUCAUUGAUAAUUUCAUUUAAUAUGUCUAUUGUCUUUUUUUUUUAAAGUUCAUUAUAAAUACUGAUUGAUAUGAAAA